CGAAAUUGGACUCACACUACUGAUUUUGGUUAUCACUUUCAGAGAUGGAGACAAACGCAGAGAAGGUCCGACAGGAGUUUCGUGAACAUAUCCAGAACUCGAAACACACGUCAACAGACUUGAGAAUCUCCUCCAAUUUAUUCAAGACCUCUACUCUACCCAUCCUCUCAAAGUCGCAGACACCGUGUUCCGCACCUGGGGAGAUCAUUUACCUCAUCAGAUCCAACGUUAUCCCCGACUUCGAUUUCGAGAUGAUACCGGAUAUUCUCGAUGCGAUCACUUCCCUGGAGUCCAUGCGGAAACAAUUAAUAGAGAAGGUAGACGAAGCUCUGGUCUGGAACAACUAUCUGAGACGACAUGACCAACGUGGCGGCGCUCAGGUGGCAGAUGGUGUGGGUGAUAGAAUCUUGGACUCGAAUGACGUUGACGUGCUGAAGAAAUUGUUGGCAAGAGCUCCGAACCAGCGCAGCACGUAUCGAGGAAUCAUCGACAGAUGUAUUUGUUUGCAUCUCGUGUAUCUGCGGGCGAAAUCCUGUCCGCGUUUAUUAGCACAUCUCGAAACAUACUUCCCAGAAUUUUCGCCAAUUGAUUCUCCCCGAGGCAUGGCUAGGAAGCACUUUCCAGGGUCACAGCAUCUCAAAGACAUUGAUGGUGAUGAAAUGAAGGAUUACCGUCAGACUGCACGAAACUGCAUCAAGUUCUUGGAUGAUGUAGCGGCACUCGAGAAGAAGGUAGCUUGUACGCCGGGCAUAAAUGGCGAACCGAGAAUCGAUUGGAACGACAAUACGGAGCUCACUGACCUUAUCGAUCGGUUCUUACGGGGAGAUAUUCUAUACGAUGCGGAUGAGGUGGAGAAAAUGAUUGAGACGUGGCUGCGGAAAUUCGAGGCCCUUGUGUGGCGGUUGGAAAGGAUCUUUGAGAUCGAGUUGUAUUGAAGUCGCUGUGGAAUGCCACAGUU